ACAGCCCGUCUUGAAGAGGAAACCCCCACAGGAGCUCUAGCUGCCGGAUACCUGAGACAUCUCAAAUCAUCCCUCUGACCGACGAGCGCACGGCGCGCCACGGAAUGCGCAGGAGCGACCGACUGUCCGCUGGACGAGGGCGCACGGUCGAGCCAUGGGUCCUUCUUCAGCAAGUUCUUAAUGCAUUAUGAUGUCCUAAAGUCAUAGAGACCCCUGGAAAUCCUCCGAAUCCUCCUUAAGGCAGCGUCUGUAUUGGAAUAAACUAUCAGCUGGUGAUUUUUUUUCUGUUCGGAUGGAUGAUUUGGUCAGAUUCCUCAUUCAUCGUGAUGCGCGUUCAUUCCUUUUCCAAGUGUCUUAUUGACUGACCGCGGAUCAAUUUUUGGACGUGGGCUGACGGCUGGAGAGGAAGAUGACAGCUCUCAACCCAGUGCUGUUCCUGCUCUGCGGUGUCUCUGUGUCUCUGACUCUGAAGGUGGUGUCAAAGAGAGGCUCAGUGGACGGCUGCACUGAUUGGUCCGUGGACUAUCUGAAGUACCGGGUGUUACACGGAGAGCCGGUGAGGAUAAAGUGUGCUCUGUUUUACGGUUAUAUCAGAGCCAACUACUCCCAGGCACAGAGCAUUGGACUUAGUCUGAUGUGGUAUCGGAGUUCUGGGUUGGGACAUGGCGACUUCGAAGAACCCAUCUCCUUUGACGGGGUACGCAUGAGCAAAGAGGAAGACGCCAUCUGGUUUCGGCCUGCCGAGCUGCAGGACGCCGGUCUGUACUCCUGUGUUCUGAGGAAUUCCACAUUUUGUAUGAAGGUGUCUAUGACUCUGUUGGUUGCUGAUAAUGACACAGCAGGAUGUUAUAACUCAAAACUGCGCUACACUGAGAAAGGAGAGCUGGGCAAGAGUAAAGACAUCUCCUGUCCUGAUAUCCAGGAUUACGUUCAGCCUGGAGAAAAACCACAGAUAAUGUGGUACAAGGAGUGUAACGUGCAGCAGUGGAGGAGCAGCGUGCUGCAGACCGCAGACAUGCUCUCUAUACAGGAAGUGAACGAGGAAGACAUCGGCAACUACACCUGUGAGCUGGUUUUUGGAGGCUUCCUGGUGCGGAGGACGACCUAUCUGAGCGUGACAGCUCCUCUGACUGAAGAGCCCCCCAGGAUUCUCUUUCCCUCUGAAAACAAGCUCCUCACCAUGGACGUGCAGCUCGGAAGUAUGCUGAACCUGACAUGCCGAGCCUUCUUUGGGUACAGUGGGGACAUCAGUCCACUUGUUUACUGGAUGAAAGGAGAGAAGUUCAUCGAGGACAUGGACCAGAGUCGCAUUCGAGAGAGUGAAAUCAAGACUGUCAGAGAACACCUGGGUGAACAGGAAGUGUCCAUUACUCUGACCAUAGAUUCACUGGAGGAGGUAGAUCUGGGUAAUUAUUCCUGUUAUGCAGAAAACGGCAACGGGAGAAGACAAGCCAAUGUACAGAUUGGGAAACGAGUGGAGCUGAUGUACACAGUGGAGUUAGCUGGAGGACUGGGUGCGAUUCUUCUGCUGUUGGCUCUGUUAUUGUCUGUGUAUAAGUGCUACAGGAUCGAGCUGCUGCUCUGCUACAGGCAUCACUUUGGUGGGGAGGAUACGGACGGAGAAAAUAAAGAGUACGAUGCGUACCUGUCCUACAGUAAGGUUGAGCUGGAUCAGUGGGGUCAGGAAUUACAGGAAGAGGAGCGCUUUGCUCUGGAGAUCCUCCCUGAUGUCCUGGAGAAACAUUACGGAUACAAACUCUUCAUCCCCGACCGAGAUCUCAUUCCUACCAGCAGUAUGAGCAGUCAACAUUACCAGGAUGACACACAUCUUCUUAGAGCGUACAUAGAGGACGUGUCGCGCUGCGUGGACAUGAGUAAACGGCUGAUCAUCGUGCUGACCCCCAGCUACGUGCUGCGUCGCGGGUGGAGUAUAUUUGAGCUGGAGUCCCGUCUGCGCAACUCUCUGGUUUCAGGGGACAUUAAAGUGAUCUUAAUCGAGUGUGCCGAUCUGCGAGGAGUCAUUAACUACCAGGAGGUGGAGGAGUUAAAACAAUCCAUUAAAUGCCUGAGCGUGGUGCACUGGAACGGCCCGCAGAGCAACAAGCCCGGCUCUCGCUUCUGGAAGCAGCUCCGCUACACCAUGCCAUACCGCCGCCCCCAGCAAACCCUGACCAAUCACGCGCUGGACGCCAGCGAACCCGGCCCCUUCGCCGACCUGCAGACCGUCUCGGCCAUCUCCAUGGCAACGGCCACGUCCGCCGCCUUGGCACCGGCUCACCCGGAGCUGCGCCCGUCCCUGCGGAGCUCGUACCGCUCGCAUUCGCUGGCACGGCAGAAACACUCACACUACCGCAGCUACGACUACGAGCUGCCCUUCACGGCCGGAGGAACGCUGCCGCCCCAGCACACCUACUGCAACCUGCCCCUUACCCUCCUGAACGGCCAGCGGCCCGUCAACAACAAGACCCUGCGCCAGCACAGCCUGGAUGAGCACCACGGCAACAAUGCCAUGCUCCCGCUGCUGCCCAGAGAGACCAGCAUCUCCAGCGUCAUCUGGUAAACACGGAGAAUCCCGAACGCGCACGGUUCGGGCCGCCUGGCACACUGGGGACUGAAUAAGCUGGCACACAGCACAGGACACGAUGAGGUUAGUGGCUUCCUGUGAGCGGAACGAUGGCUCUGUCCAUGCUAAGUGGGUCUGAGGAUGAGCGUUUAGAUCCGGCCGCGAGGGACGUCGCAUCUGUAGGCGUGAACUGAGCAUAUAAAGUCACACCACAUGGAGGUAUACAGGGUCUCGUGUAGAUGUUAGCGUUAUAUUUGUAGCACCGCUGUCUUCCUGUCUCCAUGUUGGGUUUGAUCACGCCAUCUAUUUUUACUCGUUGACGCUUGAUGCUUUUCGUUUUGUCCCUUGCUCUUUUUUUAGGUUCGACAUGGACAUUUGAUUGAGAUUUUUUGCUUUUUCUACCUUCUUUUGAAACGGACUGAAAUAUUCCUCGUUUGAUUUUAGCUACUGUCGUUUUUGCUCGGAAGCUACUGCGUUUUGUUCCGUCCCUCUUUCUGUUGUCCGAUGUAAGGUAUGUAUUUAUGGUUUUAAUUGCAAAAUUUUCAAGAAGGAAAUAUAUUACAAAUUAUGCAAAAUAUAGGAAAGCCUAAAGGGGUCGACAGAGGUGAUCGGAGAGCGGUGCUGUCUUCUUUUACCAGAGGAUCAGCACCAUUUCUCAAAUAUUAAGGGGAUUUUAAAUGAUGAGAAAUCUAUUUUUAUAUCUGAAGAGUGCUGAUUCUCUCUAAUACCACAGGGUCAAUGGGACAAUGGGACUGGAGACUCUCUUAUUUGUGAAUUUGGGUAUUUUAUACAGUUUGCUACGUUGUUCUCAUCUGUGGAGAAAAGGAAAUGUUUUAUGUUACAACUUCUGAAACAAUAAUCAACUGCAUAUUUGUUUGUAUUUUUUUUAUGUUCAUAGUCCAUAGGACUUUUGAUCCACAGACAGACCUUUUCACUUUCUUUCACAUUUCUAAUGUUUAACUCUCAGUCUGACGUCUUAACACACUGGCUACAUGCUUGUCUUUUUCUCCUCUAGCUGCUGUGUGACUCAGAUACAUGCUGGCAUGUUUCACAGAGGAACGCAGGCCUGUAUACUCGCAUUCUAGUAUAGAGUGUCAGAUAACUCUGCUUGAUAACAUACCAUAUGAUUUAAUAAAUGCCCAAAGUCAACAUGUAUUUGUUGUAUGUUGUCUAGAGGUUUUCCUGAUCUAGGGGUCUUCACUUAUGGCAGCAUGUACUGACUCUAAGGGGGAAAAACAUAAAGCUAAAAUCAGAACCAAGAGGUUUGACAGUAAAAAGAGGUCUAACUGUAUAAAAAAAACGAAAAAAAAAAAAAAUCUGAAACUAUUCCUGUAAUUUCUUUUCUCCUAUUUUUCUGUUCUUUUUUUUUUUUUUUCAAAAUUGAGUUGCAAAAAAAUUGUUUAUAAAAAUAAUUAGAAUUAUGUAUGAAUGUUUACCUCUUGAGUAUGCAUAGAGACUAGUUGUGUAUCCUGAUUUGAAUAUUUACUGUAUUAUGAACAACAGCUAUCACAGAGAGAUGUGUGAUCUCUCUAGAGGCACAAUCAUUUUUCUUUUUAUAUUGUUUCUCACUGUGUACAGUAAAGUCACAAACCACUAUAAGCUGGUCGGUGAAAUUUUGUGCACGUGUGUGUGUGUGUGUGUGUGUGUGGGUGGGUGGAGUGCACUGGUUUGGAUGGUUUAUGGGGACACAAUUUGUAUGAUGACAUGGGUAUGAUAGAGGUAAUAUGGAUGUGGGGUAGGUUUAGGUGUAGGGUUGGGGAUAGAAUAUACAAUUUGUACAGUAGAAAAACCAUUGCACCUAUGGAGAGCACCCAUAAACCACCAAUACCAACACAAGUGUGUGUGAAGAAGUGUAUCAGACCUGAUGUGAAUUCUCUCACAGUGGGUUGUUUGUGUAAGACACUAAUUUGAGAAACGAACACAAAGUUUUAGGUUCUAGGUGAGUUGCUAAAACUGAAUAUUUCAAUUAUGCUUUUGAACAAAAUGCUACAUACUGGAUACUACAGCUGAAUAAGCAAAAAAUGAUUUCAUAUCAUAUGCAUAUGAAUGCACCUCUUUAAAUAAAAGAGAAAAACAACAUCUAA